UUUUGCAUCAAAGGAGGAUUCUGACGAGCAAGUCAUAGCCUAAUUUUGAUCUCCGUCUCAGGAGCCUUAAUCUAUCUCAAUUUGACGCCGGUCACCAAUUGUAGUAAUGUCGACCCAGGUUAUGACCAAGCGGGCAACUCAACCUGGCUUCGCCCACCAGAAUGAGAAGACGGCCCAAUACCGUUUCGAAAAAGAGCUACAGCAGGAAGAGGCGCAUAACAAGGGCUGGGCUCAAUUUGAUUUGAAAGAUGUUUUGAUCCCACCUUCUGCAGGAUUGGGCACUACGAAACGGUACUAUCAGAGAAGAACCAUGUUCCAGUACUCGAUUCUCUUCACUCUUGGUCUGUGGUGUUUCCAGAACCUCCAGUCGAAUGCCCUCCGAGCGGCCGCUCUGGGUCUACUCUUUCCUGGUGCAGGUUUGGUUGCGGUGUGCACGAUUCCAUCACUCGCAGCCUUUGUCGUCACACUUAUCGGCAUUCCAUUGACGCUUUUCGUCUGGUUUGCAAUGGGAGGAGUUCUAUUCCCGCUGCUGCUUUGGUUCGGCUCUGCUGGUCUUGCUGGAGUACUAGCCGGAGACAAACUCCUCGACAAAGCUGGCCCGAUUUGGGGAGUCGUUUGUGUAGGUCUGGUCACUUGGGCCAUCUGGAAGAGUGCUCAGAUCAAUGCUCGCGGCAAGUCAAUUCAGCAACGUCGCAACAAAUGGUUGCCAUCGCAAGUCAAGACUAUGCAAGAAAGUGCAGUUUCUGCUCCAGCCCCUGGUAGUCGAGAGGUUGAUAUCAAGACCCUCCGCUUUUUGCAGCACAUGAUUGAGCGUGGUCUGACCGGACACGACGACCUCAGUUACCACGACGUAAUCGAUCAAUUCCAGACUGGCGCCGUCCGCUACCAGCUCUAUGGUGUCGUCGAUUCGAUCGCGCUCUACCUAACUCACUAUGCCCCCAGCUUUCAUGGCUACGCUGCCGAGGCAUGCCGCAAUAGCAUCGAGAAGUCCCUUACCAAGAGGAUCAUGGGAUAUUGGAGAUGGGAGCGGCUGACCGGGAAGUUCACCACCGACUACGACCCGAUCAAUUAUGACAACAUUAUGGUCACAGGCUAUCUCGGCGUCGCCAUUGGUCUCUACGCCUCUGCCACUGGCGAUCGGCGCUACGAAGAAAAGGGGUCACUUGACUUCCAUAUUGCCGACGGUGUCCAUUUCAAGCGCAGCUUUGGGGACCUCGCUGACGCCAUGUAUGACAACAUGGCCACGAAUGACUAUUGUCUCUAUCCUUGCGAGCCCAAUUGGACCUAUUCCUUGUGCAAUUUGAUCGGUAUGGCCGGUCUCAUCAUUUCCUCCCGCCUCUUGGGCAACGACUAUGCCGACCGCAUAAAGCCUCGUUUCGAAAGAGCGCUCGAGGACGAAAUGACUGAACCAGAUGGUCGCAUUUUGCCCAUCCGGUCCGAGCUGACAGGCCUCACCAUCCCCGGACUCUCGGGAACUUUGUCCGACUGCAUCAACGCCAUGAACUUGACCGCGUAUUUGCCCCACAUUGGUUCUCGUGUGUGGGCUAUCAUCCGACGCGAACACAUUUACUACAACGACAAGGGUCGUCUGGACGUCAAAGAUCUCCGGGGCGCCGACAAGCUGGACCCGGGCAAUUACAAAAGUGGCGUGGGUGCUCUGCGUGCCUUUGUGGCUGGCUGCGCGGCCGAGUUUGGUGAUGAAAAGGUCCGCAUCGAUGCCCUCGAGCAGCUCGACACCGAAUACUUCCCGGUCGAAGCUACUGAGUCCGGUGCCCUCCGCAACAAAGGCCUAUCGGCUACAUCGCAAGUGGUGGCCCUCAUGGCCCGCCUGAUGCGCCAUCAGGAUCUCGCCAACGCGACCCUCCACGGUCCAGAGCCCACGACCAUGCGAGGGCCAUUGUUGGCGGACUGCAAAUUCCCCGAUGUGCUUGUGGCGAAGGCGUACAGUCACGACGCGAAAGGGCUAGAGCUCGUCUUGUACAACGGCAAAAAGGCCGGCACCUUCACUCUCGGUCUCGAGCGAUUGGCCCCUGGUGGGAAGUACAGUCUAAGCACAGGGCAGAGUGUAACUGCCGACAAAAGUGGAAAAGCAUCAGUGGUUGUUCAGAUCGAUGGAAGGACUCAAAUAUUCUUGUCGCCAGCAGAGUAG